GUCAUAUAUAUCUAAAAUCAACGGUCGACUUUGUCAUUUCAAAUUCAAAAUCUGAUAUUUGCAGAGUGUAUCCGUUAGAAAGCCUUCAAGUCUUUCUGGAAGACGACGCAAAUCGCCAUUGAAACCCUAAAAUGGGAAGAAUUGGAGUGAAAAGUGAUUAUGAAGAACUCCGAAACGCCCAAAUCUUGGAAAAUAAGGCGCGAUUGGCCAGUCUUGGACUUCAAAAAACUGUCGCAGAGCUUCGAUCUAUCAGUUCUAAGCCACAAUCUGAGAAGAGAAAAUAUAACAAAGUUGACUACUUCUCAACCCCUUUGCGCCGAUCUAAUAGAUUGAAAGACAACUCUUCCGAAUCUGAGAAGAGAAAACCUAACAAAGUUGACAACUUCUCAACCCCUUUGCGCCGAUCUAAUAGAUUGAAAGACAACUCUUCCGAAUCUGAGAAGAGAAAACCUAACAAAGUUGACAACUUCUCAACCCCUUUGCGCCGAUCUAAUAGAUUGAAAGACAACUCUUCCGAAUUAGCAUUGCGUUCUUCGGAUCGCUUGAACGAGAAUUCAUGCCGCACUGCAAAAAGGAAAUUGGGACUUUUUGAAGAAGGAGAUGAUGAAGAUGCUAUUGAGAAGAGACCAGCUAAUGCACCUCUGUUGAGAAUGAAAGAUGGCUUAAUGCUGCAUCUUACGCCGGAAGCUUUGGCUCGGCGUUGCGCCAGCAAGGACAGGGGGACUAUAUAUGACCGUUUCUUGGGUAUUUGCUGUCACUUUUGCAGGCAGAAGAAAUUAUGUGGUGAAGAAGACUGUAAACGAUGUGGUAAUUCAGACAUGGAUCAACCUUGCUUAGGCAAGACAGAUUGUUCAAUUUGUCAUUCUAGCAAUGGUGUUCUCUGCCGAGGUUGUCUUAAGGUUCGAUAUGGUGAAGAAAUGGAGGAUGUGAGAGCAAAUAAAGAAUGGAUAUGUCCUCAUUGUACUGAAGAAAAAGGCAUCAAUCCAUAUUGGAUAUGUAAUAGCUCAUUGUGCCUCAAGAAGCGAAAGAUGGCUCCAACUGGGAUCGCCAUAUUCAGAGCUAGAGAGAUGGGAUACAAAUCAGUGGCACAUCUGUUGAUGGAUCAGCUUCAGGGAGCAGUGAAGGGUAGAUAAACUACUUUUAGUGCAUUGUAAACUUCUUGUUGGAUUUAAGAGCCUAGAUAUGCAGUAGAAUUAGCUUCAGAAUGUAAAAAUGAAUAUUAUGACUUAUGAAGACCAAUCACCAGUUCUCAUGGCAAGGAUCCUCAUUUCGAGAUUUAUGCCACCUUUCUUUUGAGGUUAUAUCUAAAGCCUAAAGGAAGACGUCACUUGUGAAAUUACACUAAAUAUGUUGUUGUCAUCUAAAACAAGAAUUUUUCAAUGGGUGUCCUUUUUAUAAGCUUGAUUCUUGUUCAGGAAAUUUGUCCAAAAGUGGCCUUGGCGCUA